AUGUCAAACCAAGGGUCCUCUCAUCAACUGCCUCCCAACUCUCAUCCCUUGCCCUUCCUGGAUGCACACGACCACAAAUACAAUCUUCCAUACUUUUCCAACAACCAAAAUUGCUCUGAAUCAAAUUCUUCUUCACAACCACAUCAACAACAACAAUUUAUCGCCACUUUACAAUGGAAAAGUAAAACAUCCACUCAUGACGUCGAUCUCGUAGCUAUCCUUGUAAACAAACAAGGUGGUAUCCAUGAUGUUUGUUUUUAUAAUAAUUUGAAUGGAGUGAGUGGAAUGAAACAUGGAGGUGAUGAUCGAAAUGGAAAUCAAAAUUUGGAUGCUCCAAGAAAUGUUGUCAAGGAACCACUGAAAGAUAAUGUCACUCUCGAAACAGCCCUCUCAGAAGCAAAUGAAACUAUUCAACUUGAUCUCUCAAAAGUUGACCAUGAAGUUCGUUGUAUUGUAUUUUUUGCUUGUUGCUAUCCAGGAACUGUGUUAUCUGAACUCGCACACGUCACUUGUAAUUUAUAUCAAUUCACACAAAGUGACAAUGAAAAAGCUCCAUUGAAACUUGUCAUUGGUUCCAAUUUAGAUGUUUCAAAAGAUGCUUCUGGACAAGUGUUUGCAAUUAUUCAAUUACGUGGUGGAGAUGCUGAAGCCAUUACCACAGUUAUUCCUGGAAAGGAAAAGGAAAGUAUCAAAGACGAAAUGGAUGAGGAAACACUAAAUUCAGAUUCUCUUUCUGCAAGUCCUAGUCCAGCAAUUUCACAAGGACAUUUGAAAGAAGCAGAAAAUGCUCAAGAACAUGAAGACGUAUCGACUCAAGCAAAUUAUUAUUGGCAAAUUGUUUCAAAGCAAGUCGAAAUUGCCACACAUGAAAGAUUUAUGGAUUCUUUCAUGUAUGCCAUGUGUAAACGUGUACUUCCAGAAAAUAUUUUCAUUUCCAUGAAAAAUCGAUUGACUUAUAUCAUUCAUUUGAGACAAGAGGAAAAGAAGAAUCAAAUUCUAGAUUCCAUGGUAUUCAGUUCCAUUCUUAAAGAUGAGGAUCACGAUGAAGAUGAAGAAUAUAUUGUUCGUGUGUACUCAGAAUUGACUGGAUCUAUAUUAAUCGAUCAACUGAUUGUAGAAGAGGCUCAUAAUUAUUUGAAAACUGUUUUGGAAACAAGUGCUGAAAAGUCACCAUUCAUUCCAAUAUCACGAGAAGAAUUCACAAUUCAAGAAGCUAAUAACAAGCUCUCAAAACAAUCGGUAGAAGAUGACAAGACACAAGUCGACAAACAAGAACCUCCAACUUUGAAUAUUCAAAAAUCAUACACUUUCAAUGAGGAUAAGAUCAAAAUCUUUAUUGGAUGGCAAUCACUUUCUGGUCGUUCCUAUUCCAGAUAUUAUCUCACAGCCACUGUUUUAUUCUUUGGUAAAUAUGGAGCUCGUUUAGGUCACAUUGAUCAAUAUACUACCAGAUUGUCACUUGUCAAAUUGGAAAGCACAAACACCAAUCCAAAUAAUACCACUGCUCCAACGACCGAGAAUACUACCAACAGUAACAACGCAAAUUCAUCGUCGACCACCAACACGACUUCAGGAAUGGGAUCUCCACGUACUUCUCCUCUUCUCAUUCAAUCUUCUUCAAGUAUGACUCUCAAAUCACCAAGAUCUGGACUUCACAAACCAAAACCUGCUGCAAUUUUCUUAAAAGGCAAUAGAGAUACUGGUACUGGUAAUGACAGUGAUUUGUGUGCAGAGGUGGAUUUGUCACGUCUUCCAAAAUCGGUGCAUUCCAUUAUUGUGGUAGUCACAGCAACAUCCAAUGCACAAGACUCUGGAUUCCAAGAACUUAAAGAUCCCUAUGUGAAAAUUACAACAAAUUCUGUGGGAGAUUUGUAUAGAUAUCAAUUUCACACCUCUGAAAGAGCUUAUCAAAGCUUUAUUGCAUGUAGAUUGACUUGUUUGAGAAAUCCAAAUGACUUGUCAAGUGCCAAUUUAACAGCACCUUCAAAGAAUCAAAUUGGAAAUAUGUACGGAGGAAGUUUUAUUGGCCUCACGAAAUGGAAAAUUAGUAACAUUGGUGAAUACUCAUUGGGAGUUCAUCCAUUGAUUGAUCCUCAUUUGAAAUCUCAAGUUCAGAAACAUGUUCCAACCUUUGAACUGCCUCCAUGUAUGGAAUUGGCGACACAACAUGAGAUUGAAGAACAAGAACGUGAAAAGUUAUUACAACAACAACAAGAAAACAAAACAUCUGAAGAAGACAAAACAACCGAAAAGGAAGAUUUCGUCCUCAUGGUGAGCAAUGCUUCCGAUUUGGAUUUGACAGUCAACGAUGAAGAACCAAAGAAGGAAAAACCAAAAUGUUUCAGAAUUCCAAAACAAGAAGUGAAAACAGUUGGUUUUGAUUUCUCUACUGUGAAAAAUUUAGAUUCCAUUCAAGUAUUGGAAUUUUCACAACAUGGAAAACUUCUCACAGGUGCAAAACCCACCAUCGUCAAUGAAGCCAAUGAUCUUAAAAAGCGUAAACUUGCCCUUUCCAAAAAGAGUGAUCACCCCAUGAAUAUUCCAAUGAGUGAAUCUUUCACAUUAAAAGAAGAAGGUGAGGAAAACACUGCCGAACAACUUCCAAGACAAGAUCAAAUGUUCCAAAGUUUAACAUCCUUCCACAGAAUGGAUUUGACCUACAGUAAGGAAUCACAUGCUCCCUAUUUCAUGUGUUUCUUAUUGAAAUUUAAGGACAUUAUUACCAAUGAGGAUGAAGAUGCAUUGGAUUAUUCAUUAAUUCCAGAAAAUCGAAUCAAUUGCUUUAGAUUAUGGAAUGUUGAUGAAAAAGUAGACAUGUGUUUUGCAAAAUUAGAAAAUGUUUUUAACAUUGACGGAAGUGAACAAGCAUUGGAGGUAUUUAAUUGGCAACAACAUGCAAACUUGGCAGUCAUUGCGUAUCGUAGUGGACAGAAAGAUGAAUGGUUUAUCGAAGUUUUAGAUGAAAUUGUGACAUUCAAAACUCCAGCUCGAAGAUAUUUACGUUCCAUGUUACAAAAAUGUCAAUUUGACAUUAGUGAACCUUCAUGUGACAUUUUCACAGUUCCAGCUCCAAAAGACACAGUCACGAAGGAAUUCCACAAAGAUCGAAGAGAUUUGGUUCUUGGUUUUGGAAUUGCUGGAAGUGGAGGACAAAAGCACUUGUUAAACGCUGAAGUUGAAAUUUAUGAUCAUUUUGGUCGUUAUUUGGGUAAAGUCUAUGAAGGUUAUAGCGACAUGGAUGCAAAAUUGAAACAUCGCCCAAUUAACUUUUUAACAAUUUACACACAAGAUGAUGAAGAACAAUUUGACAUUCGUAUGAAAGAUUUGAUCGAAAGCACCACUGUGAAAUAUAUUGUUGCGAAUAUUGAAGUCAAAUCGAGAAGUAUUUUGAAUGAAAAGUCACAAGUCUAUACACGAUUGGUUGACAUGAGAUCAGGAAAAGAAUUGACUCGUGUUCAAGCUUCUGGAUAUCUCUUCCUUGAUAAAUAUAUUCCAAAAAAGACAGUUGAAAAGAAAGAAGACGUCGAUGCUGACGAUGAUUCCUAUGACAGUGGUGAUGAAAGUGACAAUGAAGUAGUCGUCACCAUGUGUGUGAUUGAAUUCACAAAAGAAGGAUGGAGAAUUAUUGGAGCAGGUGAAAAGAAUUUGGUUGAUCUCAUUCCAAAAUAUAUUUCACUGAAACCUGAAGCUCUUAAAAUUGAAAUUAUCAAAGGAAGAAAUCUCAUUCCAGUAGAUCAUGGUUCAGCCGAUCCUUAUCUCAGAAUUAAACUCAAUGAGAAGAAUUCUAGAAAAGGAGCUAAAAAGCAAAAAGUUAGAACCAAGUUGUGUAAUAGAACCAUUCAUCCCGAUUGGCAUGAAACUCACACCAUUCAAAUCUUUGAUUAUGAUGACACUUUAAUUGUGAAGUGUAUGGAUUACGAAAAAACAAGAGAUCAAUACAUGGGUGAAGUCAGACUGAAGGUUGGAUUUUUACUUCGUUUACAUAAUCAAGGACGUGAUCGAAAGUUUGUGUUGAGAAAUGACGAAUAUUGGAAAGCUGUUGAAGGCAAAUUAACAGGAAUGAAGAAAGAAAUGGCACUUGCUUCACAGCCAAUGGGAGAUUUGUUUAUGAGAUUUUCAAUUGGUUCCCUAAGUGAUGUUGUCACAAAGAAGUAA